AUGUGCGGCCCAAGCCCGGCCGGGAGCAGUGAUGCGGCUCCAGACCACGGGCGAGGCGUAGCGAUUAUGGAUGAUUGGUCAGGGUAUGACUUGAAUUUAUUCACAUACCCACAGCACUGUUAUGGAGAUUUGGAACAUGGCAUCACUGUAGACUGAAUUGAGUGGCUGGCUAAGGAUAUUAUUGAAGAUGUAGGAUGCUGUGACCUUAUGACCUUGUGUGUGCUUAAAGGAGGUUACAAGUUUUGUGCGGAUCUUAUAGAGCACCUUAAGAACAUCAGUCGAAGUUCAGAUAGAUACGUCUCUACAAAGGUUGAUUUCAUCAGACUAAAAAGUUACAAGAACGACCAGAUCAUGGGCGAGAUGCAGAUGAUGGGAGGCUAUGAUCUUUCAACCCUGGCAGGAAAGAAUGUCCUCAUUGUUGAGGAUGUUGUGGGAACGGGGAGGACCAUGAAAGCGCUGCUCGGCAGCACAGAGAAACACAAGCCCAACGUGAUUAAGGUGGCCAGUUUGUUGGUGAAGAGGAUACCUAGAAGUGAUGGCUUUAGACUUGACUGUGGAGGAGGGAGACUCGUCCUCUCUGGACUGACACAGGUGCACAGGAUUCCUGCCAUGGCCACCACAAUCAGACAUGGAGAGGCCAGUUGCAACAGCCUGCACACCUACUCACAUGCUGGAUUUGAGAUUCCAAACUUAUUUGUGGUGGGUUAUGCCUUAGAUUACAAUGAAUACUUCAGAGAUUUGAAUCACAUAUGUAUGAUCAAUGAACAUGACAAAGAAAAGUAUGGAGUCUUCAAGAAGUAA